AGUCAUCCGCUCUGUCAACGGUAACUAGGCAACGCGACGCUUCGCCGGAGCUGUCUAAACGAAACAGUAACUUAGUGGGUUUAAUGUAAUUACCUAAAAACCUAUAAAAACGUUUCCCUGUUGAGAAUUGAAUGAGACUUAUAUGACCGCUGAUAUUGUGGUUAUUUGUUAUUUACCACAGUUACCGUUAUGUGUUGUAUCGUAACUUUGCUCUUUCGGAUAACUCAGGCUAACUGUUUACUACCGUUAGCUAGCGCUUGCUAACUUUGCCACUCGUAGAGACGUCAACAGAAAAAGGACGAAGCUAUAAGAAGUAACUGCAAACAAAGACGUGUAGCGGUGAAACAUGAUGUCAGAUGCUGAAGAAGAGAAGGCGAAGAGUUCAGGAGUUAAGAGAGAAGAAACCGGAGCGGACACACUGAAGAUGACCGGGCAAUCUCAAGUGUACACUGCAACCAGAGACACUCUCCUCCCGAAGAACAUUACUCACACGCCUACACAUGCACUGUCUCCAGAAUGGGUGUUUGGGAUGAAUCCUGCUCUUUCUGCCUUCAACAUGCAAGACCACGAUCAGCUGGUGGUCCUCUAUGGUGCAGCUCAUGUUGGGGUCAUCUACAAUCACACAACAAAGUCCCAGCACAUACUUCAGGGUCACUGCUGCCCAAUCUCAUGUAUGUGUGUAAGUGACGACAGACGCUGGAUUGCAUCAGCAGACCAGGGGCCCAAAAGCACAGUGAUGAUAUGGGACUCCUACUCUGGCAUUCCUGUGCGUACAUUGUUUGACUGCCACCCAGUGGGAGGUGUCGUUGCGAUGGCAUUUUCAAGUGACACAAAACAUCUGGUAACUCUCGGUGCCGAGGAAAAACAAUGUGUGUGUAUUUGGAAUUGGACGAAUGAAAUAGAUAAGCCUUUGUGGUUUACUGAGCUGGAUCCCGACCAUGGUUUCCAUGACUACAUUAUUUUUAAUCCAUAUGAUAGUGGCCAACUGCUCAGCAACAGUAGAAGCCAUUUGCUAUUUUACAGCACAGCCCAAGGAAGUCUGCAAUACGUUGCCCUGAAUAUUGAGAAGCAUUCUCCAGGCACUUCCCAAACUGCCAAGAUGCCUCGCAGCUCAAUGAGCCAGUCUGUGUUUCAUUUGAGAUUGCCUCGGAUCCUAACAAUGACGGCGGCCACCAAAAUUGUUGUGUGGGAUGUGAUGAAAGACGUUGAUCCAAACAAAAGCCGCCCCAUAACUAUAAUCCGUCUUCAGAACGAUCCAAUCACAGUUCUCACCGUAACAGACAGGUUUACUGUGACGGGUGACACUCAAGGCCACAUCAAGUUUUAUAAUGAAGAAUUCAAGCUCCUCACUUGGUACACCGACUUCAACCUGGAUGCCAUUGUUUCCAUUUCCUUUUCCAAAGAGUGUGCACAGGCCUGUCCUGAGGUCUACAACCCAGAGGGAAAACCAUUAAUGAUGAGGAACUUUGUUGUGUCCACAGCCACAUCCGAAGUAGUACAUGUGAAUAUACAGAGCGGCAUCCCUCAGAUCCUGUUACAUAAGGAAAGUGAGCCCAUACAUGCAGUGGCCUGCCACCCCAAACUGCCAGUUGUGGUCAUGGGCAAUCUAAGGGGUGUUUUAAAAGUGUGGGACUAUGACAACAAAGUGAUUAUCUGCAGCAAGGUCUUUGAGACAGGGCAGCAGAUUCAGUGUGUCACUUUUGACCCCCAAGGAUUAUACCUGGCAGUGGGCUUUGGAAGUGGUGCGGUUCACAUACUGAAUCCCACCACUUUACAAAGUGAUCCGAAGGAAUGUUUUCGCUCCACUGAAGACUGCAUCCACCACAUCACUUUCUCCUCAGACUCAAAGUACCUCGCCACUGCGGAUGGCGGAAAAGCAGUGACGGUAUUCCGCUUGCAGGCUGAUGAAGGCUCUCUGCCUCGAUGGACAUUCUUGGGCAGAUACCACUCCCACUACAAGCCCAUCAAAGACCUUCUCUUUGGGGUUCAUCUGGACAGCACACGACCAAGACUGCUCUCACUGGGACUGGACCGCCGUCUGGUGGAGUAUGACCUGGAAAACAGUGAUUUAAAUGAGCUCGUCAUCCUGAGCUCGGUGCGCAUUGAGCAAAGCGCUGUGCCAACGGGCAUGACUUGGUAUCCUCCAAUUACCACAGAGCAAUUCCUUCUCGUGGCCUCAGACCAAUACAAGAUGAAGCUGUUAAACAGCAUUACCAAAAUGUGCAGAAAGACCCUCCUCGGCCCAACAUUCGGCUCUCCCAUUAAGAAAACGCUGGUCCUUCCCAAGUGCAGUGAACCUGAAUCAAGUUCAUAUUACCUGGCAUACAUCACGGAGGACAAGGUGGGUCUCCAGAUAAUGCCUCUGGAUGGGAACCCCUACAAGUCCAAUGCUCGGAUCUGCCAUCCGACAGGCGUGUCCACUUUUUCCUGCUCCUACGACGGCCGAUUCGUUUUCACUGCUGGAACGUCUGACUGCACUGCACUGUUGUGGGAGAUAAGCUUAAAUGCAUUGGAGGCAGCAGCUGCCCUGGGAGGGAAGGACCUGAUUCCCUUUUACACUCUUUUAGACGGAGGAAGAGACGGAAAAUUCUACAGGGAGAUUGAGGACUUAUUUUAUUACUGCCAAGUUCAGCAUCAAGGCACUGACUCCAUGGAGAAACGACAGUCAUCUACCAAAAUCUCCCUGUCAGAUGUUCCCUCUCUGAUGAGAGCUUUGGCCUUCUUCCCUUCUGAGCAAGAGAUAGAAGAUAUGCAUAACGAGGUCCUGUUCAGCAAGUACGCAGAAACAGGAAAAUAUGUGACCGACAUCAACCUGGAGGAGUUGAUCAAGCUGUAUGUCAACCAUCGGCCAGCUUUAGGCAUCUCUAGCAAUCAGCUUGUUCAAGCUUUUCACAUCCUUGGGAACCCUGAUAUCACAGGACAGCCGGUUUUGCGUAGACAUGUACUGCUCAAACUUCUACAAACUCGAGGAGAAAACAUGACGGAAGAAGAAGUGGUAGAAUGUUUCACUACACUUUCACGCCUCAGUGGUGAUGAGGAUGAAGAAGAAGAAGCCGGACCAGGAGGGGAACAAUCUGACACUUAUAACUCUGGCAGAGAACACAUGACAGAAGAAGAGGUGGCAGAAUGUGUCACUACACCUUUAUCCCUCAGUGAAGAGGAGGAAAAAGAAAUACAAGAUGAAGAUGAAGCAGAAGAAGCAGGAUCAGGAGGGAAACAAUCUGACCAUGACAGUUAUAACUCUGACAGUGGAAAUUCAUCUACACUGGCGUGUGUGAUCCCACGUGAGGUACCCAUGGAGACUUUUACAGGUCCCAUCUUCAGCUGAGCACAAGGCUUCCCCUCCUGAGUGAUGAAAUCAAGGAAACUGUCUGUUGGUCCUUGAGAAGAUGUGUUGAUGAGCCUCACACACUACUGUGUUCCUAAGAUUGAUUACAGGUCCUAACAGAGUUGCUGAAAUUUUUCUGUAUUUUGAUUUCAAAUUGUACGAAUAAACAUUUUUAUUAACGUGUA